AUGGCAUCCGUUCCACUGCAUGCAGUACAGACCCCCUCUAAGGUCCUCCUGCCGGGCUUCGCGAAGAAAGCGCCACCUGUCUUUUUCGUGGUGCUUCAUGGCUUCUUGGCCCACAGCGGCGCGAUGAACUCAUUCGUUGUGAUGCUGCGCAACGCCAUCGAUGCGCACAACCACGCCGUUCUGGAAACGAAUGACCAGACAUCAAAGACCCUGCCGUUUCACAUCAUCACACUCGACGCGCGAAACCACGGUCUGUCGCCGCACACUGCGACACACAACUUGGAGAACCUUGUGGAGGAUCUUAGCCACUACCUGGAGAAUGACUUUCCACGCACUGCGUCGCGGCUCUCAGGGGCAUGGAUGAGUGCCGGAAGCGAUCACGGCCACGACGACGUGGCUCGUCCUCGCGUCGUAGCAAUUGGCCACAGCAUGGGCAGCAUUACGUGGACGCGCUACCUCAUGGACCGCUACCUCUCUUCCUUCGCGAAGGGAGAAAAGGGUCAAGGUUUAGAAGGAUCGUCAAUUGCGGCCCCAUCACCAUCGAAGAAUGUCUCCUCUGCUGCGCAAUCCUCCAUUGAGGUGAAGGGACUUGUGAGCCUUGACUUACCGCCUAUCGUGCGCUCACACAUGACGGCGAAACUGACCAACGAGCUCAUCGACAUCAUUGAGCACAUGAAGGCUGUGAAUCUGGACGCAAUCUCUGACCUUCGGAGUGGACAGGAGGAGUUCUACCGCUGUGGCAUACAUGAUAUCCGUGUGCGUGGGCUAUGUACGACGAACCUGAGACUGCAACUCGACCCCAGCGAUCCCAUGCGACACGUUGCGAGUUGGAAGUGCAAUGUGCCCGUGCUUGAGCAUUCCAUCCGCUCUGGCGAGCUUUUCCUCCCUGACUCGUACUACAAGCGAGCAGCUGACAGAAAUGGCUUAGGUGGCGGACAUGAUGCACACGAACAGCAGCAGGGGCGGCACCGAUUAGCCCUGGAGUGUCCCUCGGUAGGCACGGUUCCAGUGUUGUCGGUGCUCGGAGCUGCCAGCCCAGUGGGCGGAAACCCGCAGUAUCAGCAGCUGUGGGAUCUCUACGCCGUCAACCUGCGGCAGCACUCCAUUCCGCAUGCGGCGCACGUGGUGUACUUUGACAAGCCCCACGAGACUGUGGAGCUCGUAAAAGGCUUCUUGAAGGAGAUUCAUGUAGUCUAG